AUGACAAAUUUAAAGAAAAUCAACAACCUCAAGACAACCAGCAUUCCGAACGUAACAACUCAAGAUAGAUGGAUAAAAAAAUUAUCUGACAAAGAAAUACCAAAUACAGUCAAAAGUCUGUUAUCAUUAGGAUCCAAAUUCAGUGUAACAACUACAAAAAAAGAUAUAAACAUUGAUCGCAUAAUAGCAGAUACAGAAUAUAUCCUAGAAGCAAUACCAGAUGGAAGAAAAAAUGUACAGAGAGCGAAAGUCACAAAUGCAGUCACAAAUUAUAUACAUAGACCUAUAGAAGAAAAUUCUCUGAUACAAAAAUGGUAUAAGGACACCAAAUGGUUUUUAAAAGAAAACAAUGAUUUAAUUAUAUUGAAUAGUGACAAGGGUGCAGUGACAGUUGUAAUGAAUGAAAAAAUGUAUAAUGAAAAAAUUCAAUCUAUUUUAGAAUCCAAAGAUUUCAAGAGACUACCCAGAGAUCCUACACAGACAUUACAAACAAAAUGUAAUAAAUAUAUUGACAAACUAGGAGAACUGAAAUACAUAACAAAAGAACAAAUGAAGCAAAUGAAAACAUACAACUCUGUUGCGCCAAGAAUUUACGGGAAUCCAAAAGUUCAUAAAGAUGGUUAUCCCAUGAGGCCAAUAAUAUCAAGUAUAAAUAGUCCAAUGAAUUCCUUAUCUAAAUUCAAUGCUGACAUUUUGAAAACCGCAUAUGAUGAAGAAAACCAAUAUUAUGUCAAAGAUAAAUUCCACUUUGCAACAACAGUUAACAAUUUCAAAUUACCAGAAAACUACACACUAAUCUCUCUAGACGUCAUAAAUUUAUUCGGUAAUCUGGACAAAAAUGACAUUAUUGAAGUCCUGAAACAAAAAUGGGACAUAAUUAAAGAACAUGCAAACAUCAAUAUGGAGCUGUUUAUGGAAAUUAUUUUGUUUAUAUUGAAUAACAACUACUGCGUGUUCAAAGAAAAAUAUUACCUUCAAAUAUUUGGAUGUGCUAUGGGUUCUAAACUAAGUCCAAGACUAGCCCAAUAUGUCAUGGAUCACUUGACGACUUAUUAUUGA